UCGAUUAGUCGCAAGUCGACUUUUAGAUCCCUAGUCAAAAUUCAACAUUUGUAUAAGGAACAAUCAUUUACUUUCUCUAUUAAAAAUUAAAAUAUGUGUGUCGUGUAGUGUUUUGCAAUUAAAUCUUAUCGAGUUAAGAGCAUUGCAAAUUCAAUACCCGUAAUUUAUAAAACAGAAAUAUGUGCUUCACUUCUCUCAGGACAACAGUGUUCUAACGACAAAAAAUACAUACACAACCACUUCUUAUACAUACAUUUGUAUAUACAAAUACCAAUAAGAAAAAAGGAAAAUCUGAAAUCAAAAUUUCUCCGGUUUUUAUCAAAGCGAUCUCAAUUUCUAAAAACACCGAUAUGUUUUAACUCACCUGUUGGUUAAGUACUGUAAUUUCCAGUCAUUUAUAAAUUAAAUUACAUUAAUACAUACUGUGUAUUUAAAGGAGUGGUUUGCUUACAUUUCGUCUAAAAAUGGCCGCAUAUAAUUUGGGCGGUGCAGACAUUUCUCUUCCUGCCGAUGUUCGCGAAAAAUUGGCUGAGCUAGAUUUGGAGUUGUCCGAGGGUGACAUUACGCAGAAGGGUUAUGAAAAGAAAAGAGCUAAGUUGUUGCAACCGUAUUUAGCAAAAACAAAAGAAGCAGCAGUCGAGGAAGCUCCGGAAAAAGUUUUACCUCCCUAUUACAAUAUAAGGGAAUCAAGUUUGGAAAAUAGUAAGACUGCCCGGGAUGGUGCAUUAGUUUCUAGCGAAGGUUAUAGCUAUGUGUCCGAAGUACCGUCUCUACCUUCCUCACACCAAAGACAAUCAAAUUCAUCGAAGAAAAAUGAAUACUAUCAACCAGCCGACAGUCAAAUGGAACCAGGAUAUGAGAACAGCCGAGUGCGCAGAACACAUAGGAAGAUUACACAUCAUGAAAAGAGAUAUCAUUCAGAAGUCCGUCAAGAGGCUGUGCAACAAGCUCUAGCAGCAUUGAAGACACGACCAAAGACAAAUUUACCAAUGCCGUCUAAAAGAAGUUCUGUUCUUAACAGAAGCCCCGAACGGAAUAAUGAAGAUUCAGACUCGUCGACGGAAGAUGAAUCAAUACCUGAAGAAAUUUUAUCUCCUGAUAAGGAAUACAAUUACCCAAAAGACCAUGUUAGCAACGUGGUGGAAACCCAUAUAAAACCACCUGUUCGCGAAUCAUCAAUGGGAAUUGCUUCGUUUAAAGGUAGUCAUGCUGAUAGACGAAAAAAACAUGCACUCCCUCCAGUGCCUGUGGCAGAUACAUCGUGCGCCAAUUCCCCUUUAUCAUCCUUUAAAAGGGACAAUUUCGAUUAUUUGGAUAAUAUGGAGAUCCCACAAUCUUAUAUGGCUCCGGAUAUAACACAAUUUAACAAUACGCGUCGAGCAGCAGACCGUGUCACGCGCUAUGUUAACAUUUCUCAAACAGAUCUAAACGAAGAUGGAAAUGGAAAAUGGAAGGUUUCUGCAAAAAUUCAACAGCUGUUAAAUACACUUAAAAGACCAAAGCGACGACCAUUGCCAGAGUUUUAUGAAGAUAACGACAUUGAGCUGGAAAUUGCGGCGAAUCCCAAAGACCCUAACGCUCCUAAACCAGAAGGUAGUACAAUGAGUGCGGUACAGGGUGAACAGCUAUCGGUAUCUGCAAGUUUGCCUAGAUCACUGGAAGCCGCAGUACUUCGUUAUGGAACAAACUCCUUUAAAUCGCCUAUGGCUACAGUGGUAGAUCCCAAUGGAAAAAUAACAACAACCUUAACAUAUGGGAAGUUAUUGUCCAGAGCACAGAAAAUUGCAUAUGCAUUAUCAACGAAAAUAUUUAGUAAAGGCCCCGAACAAGUCACUCUUAAACAGGGAGAUCGUGUCGCGCUUGUGUAUCCAAAUAAUGACCCCUUAAGUUUCAUAACGGCCUGGUAUGGAUGUAUGUUUAGAGGACUUGUACCUCUGCCCAUUGAAUUACCACUUUCUAGCUCGGACACACCACCACAGCAAGUCGGAUUUCUACUUAGUUCAUGUAGCAUUACUGUGGCGCUUACAUCGGAAGCUUGUUUGAAAGGUUUGCCUAAGUCGAGUACUGGAGAAAUUGCGAAACUAAAAGGAUGGCCUCGACUGCAAUGGUUUGUGACGGAGCAUUUACCCAAGCCCCCAAAAGAUUUCAAUAUCGGGAAUAUCCGUAUGGAAGAUAAAGCAACUGCAUAUAUAGAGUAUACUACAGACAAGGAAGGCAGUGUGAUGGGUAUAACGGUUACAAGAUUGGCUAUGAUGAAUCAUUGUCGAGCUCUUACUAUGGCCUGUCGAUACACAGAAGGUGAAACUAUGGUGUGUGUUUUGGAUUUUAAGAGAGAAGUUGGUCUGUGGCAUUCUGUUCUGACAUCCGUGUUGAGUGGAAUGCAUGUAUUGUUUAUACCCUACGCUCUAAUGAAGCUUAGGCCAUCAUCGUGGAUGCAACUGAUUACGAAGCAUAGAGCAUCAUGUUGUCUAGUCAAAAGCCGGGACCUACAUUGGGGACUUCUGGCAACAAAAGACCAUAAGGAUAUAUCACUGUCAUCAUUACGGAUGCUUCUUGUAGCCGAUGGAGCUAAUCCGUGGUCCUUAUCGUCGUGUGAUCAGUUUCUUAGUGUUUUCCAGUCAAAGGGACUGCGAGCAGAUGCUAUUUGUCCAUGUGCCAGUAGUUCAGAAGUGUUUACAGUCUCUUUACGUCGCCCAGGCCGAUCAUCUAUUGGAUUUAGUCAGUCAGCUACAGGGAGAGGAGUACUAUCUAUGGCUGCUCUAUCACAUGGUGUAGUCCGCGUAGAUAGUGAAGAUUCCCUUACAUCAUUAACCCUGCAAGAUUGUGGACAGGUGAUGCCAACAGCGACAAUCGUGGUAGUUAGAUCUGAAGGUCAUGCUGUUCUAUGUAAAACAGAUCAAGUUGGGGAGAUAUGCGUUACCAGUGGUUCAACGGGAUCUACCUAUUUUGAAUUGGAGGGAUUAACAAAUACGACUUUCAAAGUACAACCACUUCUGGAGGAUCCUGAAUGCGAUAAGGAUGGACAAAUCAUAAAAUCUAAACCAAUAAGCGAGGAAUCGUUUGUGCGUUCAGGCUUGUUGGGCUUCUUGGGCCCAGGGGGACUUGUAUUCGUGUGCGGAUCACGUGAUGGCUUAAUGACAGUGACAGGUCGCAAACACAAUGCUGAUGACAUUAUUGCCACUGUUUUAGCAGUAGAGCCUAUGCGAUUUAUAUACAGAGGUCGUAUAGCUGUGUUUAGUAUUAAAGUACUACGGGAUGAACGUGUUUGCGUCAUAGCAGAACAGCGACCAGAUUGUUCUGAAGAAGAAAGCUUUCAAUGGAUGUCGAGAGUGCUACAGGCGGUUGACUCAAUACAUCAAGUUGGCAUAUAUUGUUUAGCGCUAGUUCCGCCUAAUCAUUUACCAAAAACUCCUCUUGGAGGCAUAAAUCUCUGUGAAGCAAGACGAAGGUUCUUAGAAGGAACGUUGCAUCCUGCCAAUGUGUUGAUGUGUCCCCACACUUGUGUUACAAAUUUGCCAAAACCUAGGGAAAUACAUCAAGGUGUGCAAUCUACUGCAAAACUAAGUUCAUCUGGAUGUGGUAUUACAGACACCUCGGUCGGACCAGCAUCAGUGAUGGUUGGCAAUUUAGUACAAGGAAACCGACUGGCAAUCGCCCAGGGACGUGAUCUUGGUUUAUCAGAGGAUAACGAACGCAAGCAUCAACUUAUAACGGGAGUUUUGCGUUGGAGAGCUUCGACAUCCCCCGAACAUGUACUAUUUACUCUUCUUAAUUGCAAAGGAUCUAUUGCCAAAACCCUCACAUGCUCAGAAUUGCAUAAGAGGGCUGAAAAAAUAGCCGCUUUGUUACAGGAAAAGGGAAAGAUUGAGCCAAAUGAUCAUGUUGCCUUAAUAUUCCCUCCUGGAUUGGAUUUGAUUUGUGCUUUUUACGGGUGCCUUUAUUUAGGAGCUAUUCCAAUAACUAUCCGCCCUCCACACCCUCAAAAUUUGAUAACAACGUUGCCAACUGUUAGAAUGAUAGUCGAUGUCUCAAAAAGUGUUAUUGUCUUAUCUAUUCAAUCGAUUAUUAAACUCUUAAAGUCGCGAGAGGCGGCUGCAUCUAUAGACCCAAAAUCGUGGCCGGCCAUUUUGGACAUUGAUGAAAAUCCCAAGCGGAAGCUUCCCAAUGUUUAUAAUUCCCAGUUGGACUCAACUGCUUACUUAGAUUUUAGUGUUUCGACUUGUGGCCGUUUAAGCGGAGUCAAUAUAUGCCAUCGUUCCCUUUCCAGUAUUUGUGCCAGUUUAAAAUUGGCUUGCGAGUUAUAUCCAUCAAGACAUGUCGCUUUAUGUUUAGAUCCAUAUUGUGGACUAGGUUUUGCAAUGUGGUCACUAAUUGGAGUUUAUAGUGGACAUCAUUCUAUUUUAAUUGCUCCAUACGAAGUUGAAGCGAAUCCCAGUCUCUGGCUAUCAACACUCUCACAACAUAGAGUUCGAGACACCUUCUGUUCCUAUGGGGUCAUCGAGUUGUGCACAAAAGCUCUUAGCAAUUCCAUUCCUUUACUAAAACAAAGAAAUAUUGAUCUAAGGUGCGUUCGGACAUGUGUUGUUGUGGCCGAAGAAAGGCCAAGAGUACAGUUAACUCAACAGUUUUGUAAGCUUUUCCAAGCUCUUGGCUUGAACACGAGGUGUGUAUCUACAUCUUUCGGCUGUAGAGUAAAUCCUGCCAUAUGUGUGCAAGGCGCAAGCUCAGCGGAAAGUGCUCAGGUGUAUGUCGAUUUGAGAGCUCUUCGCAAUAACCGUGUCGCACUUGUGGAGCGAGGCGCGCCGAAUUCACUCUGUCUAAUAGAAUCUGGAAAGCUUUUACCUGGUGUUAAAGUUAUAAUUGCUAAUCCGGAAACGAAAGGGCACUGCGGUGACUCUCAUCUAGGAGAAAUAUGGGUACAAUCAUCACACAAUGCAAACGGUUACUAUACAAUAUACGGCGAUGAAACUGACUACAAUGAUCAUUUUAACGCAAAGCUUGUGACUGGGGCCACUACAGAAGUAUACGCAAGAACUGGAUACUUGGGAUUUUUAAGACGCACGGAGUGCUCCCAGUCAGUGUCUAUAUUGGAUGAAACUACUCCUAGCAUUGCUAGUCGGGACAGUGACAAUGAUUCCAUAAACUCCCUUAACCAAUCCCAUGUCAACUUGGUGUCAACUUCCGCUAAUGCGGUCCACACUGGAGAACAGGCUGAUCAAGAGCAACAUGAUGCUGUAUAUGUCGUUGGUGCUCUGGACGAGGUUAUCGCACUACGUGGAAUGAAUUAUCAUCCAAUCGAUGUUGAGAAUUCGGUGCUUAGAUGUCACAAGAGAAUAGCCGAGUGUGCUGUGUUUACAUGGACGAAUUUAUUGGUUGUUGUCGUUGAGUUGGACGGAAAUGAAUCAGAAGCUCUUGAUCUUGUGCCACUGGUUACAAACACUGUUUUAGAGGAGCAUCAACUAAUAGUUGGGGUUGUUGUUGUCGUGGAUCCAGGUGUUGUGCCUAUAAACAGCAGAGGAGAAAAGCAACGAAUGCAUUUACGUGAUGGAUUUUUAGCCGAUCAAUUGGAUCCAAUAUAUGUCGCAUACAACAUGUAAAUAUUGACCAGACAUAUUUUCUCGAAUCGUACACUUUAUGCGUUGGUUAUAAUGGUAUAUUCGUCUAAACCACAAAUCAUUUAUUAUAACAUAUAUGUAAACUUAUUUUAAGGUACAAUAAAACUAAUAUCCUUUGUAGUUUCAACAACGA